AUGCAGCUUCUCAGCGCUACUAGAACCGCGGCGUUGGCCGGUCUAUUACUACAGCUACUAACCGCUCAUGGAUACCCACAUUAUCAAUGUGAACAUGGCGAACUCUUAAGUGUGCAAGAGAUUAUAGACCUUUCAGUGAAUGUUAAGACUAGACAUAACCAGGACGACCAUCCAGCUAUUCCCUCGGGCCAACCAUGUAAAUCGUAUACCAUCUCUGGUCCAGCGGGUCCAUAUGACGAAACUUUACUAUAUUACCUAAUCCAAGUAUAUGGGCAACCUCCAAAAAUCCAAUUCUCUCAAAAAACAGAAAAUGGAUGGAAACAGUGUAGCAUAAUAAAUCUUGUUUAA